GUUCUCUUGCGCAAGUCUUCCUCUUUUUCUUUUCUUACUUUUACACCUGACAGACUCUGUCGGAACACUUGUGCUACCCGCAGCCCUGAUCAUCAGUGACGACCGCUCACCAACCGCAGGUCGCCGUCAUCAUGGCCGAAGAAGAUGAACUCUACUACCUCCAGCCCGGAUUUGAUCCCAACACCCUGACAGUUCCAAAAAUACGCUCAAUCCUCGUCGCCCAUGACAUUCCAUACCCAUCGGGAGCCAAGAAGGGCCAGUUGUUGGAAGUGCUGGAGCAAGACCUUCUGCCGCAAGCGAAGAAACUACUCAAGGCGCAAGCCAGAGUCCGCCGCACGAGCAAAGGCAUCACAGAUGUUCCGAGCAGUCAAGAAGCCACCAUCGACGGAGAUGAGGAAGAAGACAAGCAAACGAUGCCCCCGCCGAAGACCCCGCGUAGCAGGAAGAGCAAAGCAGACUUAUCAGCCCACCAUGGUGGCGCCGGACCCUCAACUACGAGGCGAACCAAGACUCCGAGCCGGCGUAGCACAGCCAGAACCCCACGAGUGUCCGACACUGAGCCAGAAGUUGAGCGAACCGUGCGUACAUCGCGCAAGAGUGUACCGCGGCCGAUGUUGGAACCGUCUGUCAAGAUCGAUGAGCCCGAUGCCCGGAUGAAGCGCGAGUCGUUAGAAGCAGGAACAAGUCCAUUCUCUGACGAGAACCCAUUUCAAUCUGGAUCAAGUCCCCCUUCCGGUGCCGACCGUCGUAAAUCUGCAUCCCGAUCACGGAAGUCCUUAACCGCGACGAGCACGAAGAAGAGUCCUACCAAGCGCAGAGAAACAAGAUCUCCGACGAUAAAGUCAGAAGAAUUCGAGCCUUCACGAUCAAGCUAUUCUUUCCCGUUAUCCAAGGUCACGUCAGACGAGACGCAAGACGAUGUCCCUGUCACAGAAGAGUUCACACCCGAUGCCGCUCGCGAGCUAGCUGAACAAGAGAGGAACGGACAAGUUGUCCCGAGCAGGCCGUCGACACUGGUGCGGCGGAAGAAGCAAAAGCCGGCGGGAACAGUCGCCAAGACUGCGCCCUGGGCAGUUAUGACAACCGUCCUGGCAGCGCUCGCGGGCUGGUACAGACACGAGAAAAUCAAUGUCGGUUAUUGCGGAGUGGGAGAGCCUCACUGGUCGCUAACAGAAAACCCUCAUAUUCCUGCCUGGGUACACCAGAACUUCGAGCCAGCCUGUGAACCAUGUCCACAACAUGCUAUUUGUUAUCCCCACAUGGAUGUUCAAUGCGAGACAGACUUUGUCCUCAAACCUCACCCAUUGAGCAUGAACGGGCUGCUGCCGCUACCCCCGACGUGCGAGCCAGACAGUGAGAAGCAGAGAAGAAUCAAGGCCGUGGCAGAUAGAGCGGUCGAAGAACUCCGAGAACAAAGAGCAGCGUACGAAUGUGGAGAUAAGAUUACCAAGACCGAAGAAGCAGUGUCGACUGCCGCAGCGGAAGUCAAGACCGUCGCGAAGUCUACGGCGUCGAAAUUGGAAGUCACCGAGGAAGAUCUCAAGAAGUCAGUGUCGAAGCUCAGAAGAAAGGGUAUGACAGAAGAUGAAUUCGAAGAUCUCUGGCGCGGCGCCCUGGGCGAUAUCAUGGGCCGCGAUGAAGUCGAAGUCACCCACGAUAACGUCCCUAUUUCCACCAUUCCAGAUCUGGCCGGCUCGUUCUCUCAAGCACAUCCCUCGCCCGACUCCCCUUCGGAUGCGCCGUCCGACGAUCGCUGGUCCGGACGCUUUCGCAAAAUCGAAUCCCUCUUGGAAUUCUGAUCCUCAUACUAUCAUCCAUGGCGUACGGGCGGAAUAAAUUGGUCGCGUACAAGCGGGCCACGGCGCAAAUCCCGGGCCUGGUGGCAACGACACUGGACCGAUUGGCCACACAAGCGGCGCUGAACCAGGACGGGCGCUCGGCCGAGCCGUUUAUUAGUGUCGGACAGCUCCGGGAUGAUGUGCUAAGACAUGUGUUCAGCGCGAGUGAGCGGGAGAGAGUGUGGCAGAACGUGCGCAAAAUCGUCGAGAGUAAUUCGAAUGUGCGCGCGGCGACGAGGGAAGGUGGCAAGACGGGAGAAUGGUCUCGUGUGUGGGAGUGGAUUGGGCCGGUGGAUUUGGCGCCGGCGUUGGAAGGACGACGUUCGGGAGGCUUGAUCGAAGGUGGCAGGGCAGAGAGGAGUCUUGAAGGCACGCCCGAUCGGUCGAAUCUCGAGGUGAGACGAUGGGAUGAAGGACGGCCGAUUUAUUGAUUCGAAAUGGUCGUUGGUGCGGAUAGCGACUGUGAUUUGGCCAUGAUUUUCCUUCUUCUUUUCGGCUGGUGGUGAUUAUGAGUUGGACCACAAGUGCCUUAUGGCUUCGGACCCGGCUUGGUCUUGCAUGCAGUCUUUAUUCUUCGUUCUCUUUUCCCGGAUGGCUUGGCUCCAUGUCCAUGAUAUGACGGAAGUAGGUGUAUGUACUCGUACUACCAAUGAAACAUUCAAAUAUGUGAACAUGAG